CGCCAAAUAUAAUCUCUUGGUGCACUGCCAUUGCCGUUGUCUAAACGCUCGAUCGCCCACUCGCAGCCCACCGCGCUUGCAUUACGCGUCACCGCGUCUUUCUCAACCUCUACAACUUCCCAGCAUCUGCCCUCCCGCCACUCGUUACGCCGAUGAGUUCAUAGCAACUCCGAGUACUCCAUUCACAGCAACAUAGCGGCCAUGCCUUCGUUCCUGCACAAACUCUCCAGAAAGAGCAGCAAAGCAUCGGCCUUCGCCAAUGAUAAGAAUGGCGAGCUGUCCCCAACGAAAGGAGGCCGCCGCCCUUCGUCUUCGACCAUGAGCUCGUCUCCCAUCGCCUCCUCCACACCCUCCACCACGCCCGCGACGUCAACUACAGACGGGGAUGCACCGCCCAUACCACCUCGACCCCAGCGACCCAGCGUUGACCCUGUGAAGCGCUACAGCAUGAAUGGCUUGACCACAACACCUACCAAUGGCUCCGGUACACAGAAUUCGUUCAAUCGGUCAUCGUUGCUCGCACCGCGCGUGAUUUCCGUCUCGGACAACUCCUGGGUUCAUCAGCAGGUUCUACUGAUAUUCGGACAAGUGGGUGAGCCCUCCCAAAAACCACUCGACGGCACUAUUACCGUCAAUCACCACCAAGGCCGAUUCCCGCCAACAUGCUGGCCGGUAAGGGACUCAUACUUCAAAGCAUUGCUACACCUGGAGCCAGGUUGGAACCGGGUCCGUCUCGACUUCUCGUCCCCAAAGGUCUCAUCUGGCAAUCAGUCCAUCUCUCCACACGCUACUUUCAUGAACAUCAACUACCUUCCCCUGACGCAUUCUCCCCCGCUUCAGCUCGCGAUAAUCCUUGGGAGCGACUCACCCGGUACCUACGAUGCACCACCUUCACGUUUGCAGACCGAAGGGAAUAGCCUGGAUCUUGCCAUUAAGAAAUUUCGUAUGUCUGCCUAUCUGUGGCAGGCAUUUACGGGUGAGCAGAUGAAGCGCCAUGGCUUUGGUCGACGCUGCUUCCGAUUCGAAGAUGCCUGGGAGCCUGGCACUCUAAGCUUUCAGGAUUGGGAAUCAGGCCACUUUCGUACACAAGCCAAGGUGCACGUCAUACGCUCAAAGAAGACUGUUGCUGAGAUAAGGGAUCUUGAUCGAGCGCAACAGUAUGGGCCAGGAACGAAGAAAGGGGAGCUAUUUGGCAUAGCCGCAGAUGCAGUCAAAGACUACUUCCACAUCACUCCAGGUCAGAAGCUCUAUGUCUCUUGUAUGUUCAUAGACUCCACAUGGGACAAGAAAGAGCAGGUCAUUCGCGGACAUGCAGCCCUCGGUGGAGGAGUGCCAGACUUGCAGCUGGGCAUAUUCGGGUCGCAAGCUCUGCAUAGCUACCCAUCCAGUAUUGAGGAAGUUACACAGGCAUUUGAGGACUGCACGCGAACAGAUACCAACUGUGUAGCGAAUGACUGCAACGAGUCCGGCAGUAACUGGGAGGCAGCCAAUAUUGGCAUUGGCGCUCACCUUCACGAGACCGGACAUCUGUUCGGCUGCCCCCACCAGGAGUCCGGUGUCAUGUUACGCGAUUAUGUCACACUGAAUCGGACGUUCGUCUGCCGCGAACCCUACUCAACGCGUACAAAAUCGCCUGGCCAGCGGCUGGUACUACCGGAGGAUGAGUGCAAAUGGCACAGACUGGACGUGUUACGCUUCAGGUUCCACCCGUGCUUCCGGAUACCAAUCGAUAGAACCGACGUGAGCAGCGAUGGCAGCGUACAAGUCUGGACUGUCGAUCCUGGCCAGGGCGGUGUCAUCGCUACGUCGAAAGCCGGGAUUGCCUGGGUCGAGCUUUACACAGAAGGGGAUGAUGUCUGUCGUUAUUGGCGAGAAUGGCCCGAAGUCGAGCUUCAAUACCCGAGACAGGUCACACUGGACGAGACCGAGCUCCGCUCUGUGCUACCUAAGGAGAAGCAGAAAUCAAAAUUGAAGGUCGAAGUGUAUUCUGCAGGAGGCGGAAAGCAUGUCAUUGAGGACUUCAGUCAGCUUGCGAAUCCUAAGCUAGCGCGUGUCAAGUUCCCAGACGGUCGUUGGGGCUACCGCGGUAGUAAGCUGGGGUACUCUCAGAUGGAAGGAUCACAGCCAGUAGAGCUUAUCCUGGACAGCGCGCAUAUUCGGACAAAAAUCUUACUCGGUAUCAAGGUUUGGUCUGGGCUGUGCAUCGAUGGCCUGGAAUUCUAUUACGAAGAUUCAACAAGCCAGGUUUUCGGCAAGCGGGGAGGGCACGCGACCGAUUUCCCAUUAGACACACGGAAGGGCGAAAUACUUCUCGGGUUCGCGUUGCGUGCCGGGCUUUGGAUCGAUGGCAUCCAGAUCCUGACCAAUCUGGGACGGACAAGCGAGUGGUUCGGCAACGCUACAGGCGGCAGCGGACACACUCUCAUUCCUCCUCGAGGCUACACCAUUGGCGGUCUCUCCGGAUCGUCCGCCGCAUGGCUGGACGGCUUCUCGUUGAUCAUCACACGUUGAUUGAAGUACAGUCGAUUUAUAUACCCACCACAACCCCCUACAGCAACGUACAUUUCACAUCAUAACUUGACAGGGCAUCUGUAAUCCAGUAUUGGUUAAUGAGCCACUAAGACGUUGCACAUCUAGAUACGUACAGAUACAGCGUGUCAUUGCCAUCAUUGUAACGCGGUGUGCUUGAUAUCUGGCGUUAUUGUAAAGGCGCACAAGGGCGGUACUGAACACCGAGAGAGGUCUAAUACAAUACAAAUCUCAAGAGUCGAGAUAUUCACUUCUUGUAAAAGUAACAAUUCCAAUCCGGCAAACAAUUGCACGGUGUUUCACGUCAAAUCACUCUCGGGGCGUGUU